AUGGAUAAUAUAUCAGCAGACAGUAAGCCUCAUUAUCAGAUUUCGUUUUACUGUAACAAUGAAAAUUAUCGCCAUAUUCCAAGUCAUACUUUAUCUGUACCGACUGAUAUUACAGUAGAUAAAUUAAAUAUGCUCGCAAAUAAAACAUUGAACAACAUAUCUGAUAAAGAGUUCGAAUCAGUUGCUUUCGAUUUUCUCAUAUCGUCUACCAUUUUGCGGACGACGUUAGAGGAAUUUGUCCAGGAAAAUCAUGUUCCAGUUGAAUCAGUUAUCAGCAUUGAGUGUAUUGUUCAGGAGCCAGCACCAGAACCUGAUUCUGAUAUUGCCUUGCUUGACUGGAUUGGCGCGAUUAGAUGCAAUGACAAGUUCAUUGCAUCUGCUACAUAUGGUGGUGAACUUGUGUUGUGGAAUCAUUAUGGGAAGAAACUGACGUCAUCAGUUUUACAUGAAGAAGCUAUUAAGUGUCUCGCACUUCUACCCGAUCAAAAAGAGGAUCGAAUUGUCACCGGCGGACAUGAUCAAGUCCUGAUGUUAAGUGAUGUAGAAACACAUGGAUCAUCCACUUUUAUAAAGCCAACAUGUGUAUUGCGCGGUCACGAAAGAAGCGUUGAAGCUAUUGCCGUGAAUACCGAUGGUACUCGAACGGUUUCAGGCGGUUUUGAUAAAAUGUUGAAAGUAUGGAAUACGGAUAAAGAUGAUACGUCUACUGUUUUCGAAAAAACAAGGAGUGAGAAAACGGGAAAGAAGAAGAGAACUGAUAUUAUCACUAAGAUUCCUAUGGUUACUUUGUCUGGUCACAAGGACGCUAUUGUCAGUGCAGUUUGGUCCCCUAAUUCUGCAAAAGAAGUGUUAACAGUUUCAUGGGAUCACACGAUAUCCAUCUGGGAUUUGGAACUAGCAGGUCAGAUAAAUACUUUAGCAGCAAAGAAGGCGUUCACAAGCAUUUCAGUUUGCUGUUCAAGUGGCAUGCUCAUAACUGGUUCAGUAGACCCGGUUGUAAGGUUAUGGGAUCCACGAAGUCAUGAAGGGACAUUAGUGAAACAGUCAUUUAUUGGUCAUUGCGGUUGGAUCUCAUCUGUUUUUUGGAACAAAGUAAAAGAAAAUCUCUUUAUUUCCGCCAGUUUUGAUAAAACAGUAAAAAUGUGGGAUGUAAGAAGUAACAAAACUCCUUUGUACGAUCUCGUUGGCCACAGCGAUCGUAUACUAUGCUGUGACUGGUCAGUGAACGAAUUAAUUGUGAGUGGUGGCGUGGAUUGUACAAUGAAAACAUAUCGAAGGAAAAUGUGA